AUGAGCUCCGCCGGCAAAACCUCGGUGAAGGCCAAGGACGCAAACUUAGUCGGCGGAGGCUCGUCGCUGCACUUCACGACGAUCCACACACCACGCAGGAGGCGUCUAGAUUUUGGACUAGCGGCGCACACCUUCCAGCACAGCUCUGUGGCGCCUCGCUCCGGCUUUGGUUGGACCAAGGCGCGGGCGCCCGCCCGGAUGCAGGCCCGCGGCGCGCGACGUGUGGAGGAGCGCUCGGCCGACAAUGCCUACUCCCGCUCAGCGCGGCACAAGGCGACGUCUCACAUCCGCCUGCUCGUCCAGCCGGGCGCUCACCGGCUGCGGGUGCGGGCGUGGUGCUCGGCGAUCGACGUGAAGCAGCGCCUGCGCGAUGCGUGCGGCGUCCCCGUCGGCUUCAUCCGCCUCUUCCACGGCCCGAGAGAGCUGCCCAAUUUGGCGCGGAUGAUUGACCUGCUGCCCUCCUCCUCGCGCAACUCGAGUUCGUCGUCAUCGUCGCGCUCGCGCGUGGCCGAGGAUGCGGAGAUGCCGGUGCCGCUGACGAAGUUGCUCUCCAAGUGCCAGCAGGGGCUCGCGAUGGGCUUCGCGCCGCAGCUCGCGUGGGACGGCACGGGCGGCACCUACGUCCUGCGCGACGCCUCUCGCGCGCCGCUCGCCGCCUUCAAGCCGCGCGACGAGGAGGCCUUCGCUCCAAACAACCCGCGCGGGCUGCCCGGCAAGCUGGGGCAGCCGGGCAUCCACGGCUCCAUCGCGUCGGGGGAGGCCCAUGUGCGCGAAGUGCUCGCGCACCGCCUCGACCACGGCCACUUCGCCUCUGUGCCGCUCACGCUGCAGGCCGAGGCUGUCCAUCCGGCCUUCUACGUCCAUUCGCACGUGGCUCUGUCGCGCUACGGGGCCAAGGUCGGGUCGCUGCAGCUCUGGGUUCCGCAUGACGACGUUGCGGCCAACCGCGGCGCAGCUACCUUCCCGACGCGAGAGGUGCACAAGAUCGCGCUGCUCGACAUGCGCCUCCUCAACACGGACCGGAACGACUCGAACAUCCUGGUGCGGGACAUGCUGGCUCGGGAGUGCGAGCUGGUGCCGAUCGACCACGGCGGCUGCCUGCCCUCGUCCGCCGCCAUCUCGUGGUUCGACUGGUGCUGGCUCUCGUGGCCGCAGAUGAGCGUCCCGCCCGACGCAGAGACGCGCGCGUACGCGAAGCUGCUCGCAGAGUACGGCGUGCCGCCCGCGGCGAUCCGCGCCUCGUGCUGCGCCACGCUCCUCGUGCAGGCGACCGUCGCCGCCGGCCUCUCCCUCCUCGACGCCGCCCUCCUCCUCUGCCGGCCGGACGACGACGCGCCGUCCGAGCUCGAGCGGCUGAUUGCGCAGGCCGAGCGGCUGACGGCGCACGCGCUCUCCAAGCCGCGGCUGCCAGAGGAGAGGCGUGUGAGACACGCGAGCUACGAACAGGCGUAUGCCCUCUCCAACCCGCGGCUGCGCUCGCACGCCGACGGCGCGAUCUACUCCCCCGACCUCAAGCAGCCAAAGCAGCGGCAGGCGGUCGGCUUCGGCGCGAGGCCCGACCGCUCGCUGUCUGCGGAGGACCUCUCCUCGCUCGACGCGCGCGGAUCGGCCCCGGCGUCGCCGCGCGGAGGCGCGCUGCCGGCGGCCUCGCUGCCGACGCUACUCCACCGCGUCUCGUCGGAGCGCGCCAUCGGCUCCGCCACCGCCUCCUCGCCGUCCGCAUCGUGCGGCGCGACCGGUGGCACCGGCCCCGCAGCCGCGGGAGCGUGCGGCGGCGCGUCGAGUCUCCUGGACGGGCACAUCGCCUUCGACGGCUCCGCCGCCGAGGAGACCUUCUACGACGAAAACAACUUGGCGCGGCUCGUCCCGCGCUCGUCCCGCUCCUCGAUCAAGGAGGAUGAGGAGGACUCGAGCUGAGGCGUGGGGGCGUGCGGCCGUGCCGACGUCCAGAACAUCCGAGCGUGAGGCGUUCGCCUGGUGACGAUCUGGACGCCCCUGCUCGCGCGCACGUGACGACCCACGUGCGGCGUGAAGGGCGAGGCUGGUGGAGCGAGAGAGAGAGAGAGAGAGAGAAGAGAGAGAGGGGCAUGUGCAUGACGUGAAUGAUUUUGUUGAUGAUUUUGGUUUCGACGACGGCACGACAAACUCAC